AUGGCGGAGGGCUUCCAACUUGGCAUGUCACAGCCGGCAACGCCGUUCGAUUGCGGCGCAGGGUUCAUCAACCCUACCGGCGCAAUGGACCCCGGGCUCGUUCUCGAGUCCGGGUUUGAUGACUACAUCAGCUUCCUCUGCUCGUUGCCGCAGCUCGGCCCGACGACGUCUCAGGAGCCACCGGAGCGGCAUGCCAGUCGCCGCUAG